AUGGAUACAUUAUCAUUAUUUUUAGGAUCAAAGGGUGAAAAUAAAAAAUUAUUUAGCCAACUUUCAAAAAUGGUAUUAAACUCUGCAAUUGAUUCAAGAAUUCAAUACUGUGGUAAUGAACCUUCAAUUUUUGAAGAUGAUUAUUUUGAAUCUGAUAAUUUUAAAAAAUCAAGUGAAUUAAUUAAAGAAAAUACAAAGUUAAUUUGUAAUUAUAUUAAAGAUUCUACUCAAUUUUCAAGUUUACGAUAUCAAGCUCAUAUGAUAGAAGAUCCUUUAAUUCCAAGUUUUAUUGGUACAAUUUCAGGCCUUUAUUAUAAUACUAAUACAUGUACUCCUCAAGUUUCUAAUAAAUCUUCCUUUAUUGAACAUGCAUUUGCUAGUGACCUAUGUUCAAUGGUAGGUUAUGAUACAAGUAAAAUACCAGAUUAUUAUAAUUCAAUGAAAACAGUUUCAAUAAAAGAAAUAAUUAAAAGAGAAGUUGAAACUGUAUAUCCUCAUGGUCAUAAUACUAGUGGUGGUUCAGUAUCAAACAUUGAAGCAUGUUGGUCAAGUUAUUGGGUUAAAUUUAUUCCAGUUGCAAUUAAAAAUGCAUUAUUAAAUGAAAAUGAUUUAAUUGAUUCCAGGGAAUUAACAAUUACCCUAAAUGAUUGUAAAACUAAUAAACAAUUAAUUGAAUGUACAAAUUGGGAAUUAUCAAAUUUAAAUGGAGAUUUAUCAGUAAAAUUACCAUAUCAAAUAAGUUUAGAAUGUAAUUUACCAAUUGAAAAUGUUUAUGAAAUUAUUAAAAGAUAUCAUUCGUGUUCAUUGGGUGCAUAUCGGUUUUUUGUGGAUAAUCAAAUUAAUCAACCAAUUUAUUUAAUACCAGCAUCAGCUCAUUAUUGUUUUAAAAAAGCAGUAUGUUUGAUUGGAUUAGGUUCAACAAAUAUAAAAUUAAUAAAAAUUGAACCAAAUGGUAGAAUAAAUAUAAAUGAUGUGAAAAUGAUUAUUAAAAAUUGUAUUGAGAAUCAAAUUCCAAUUAUUAAUAUCAUAUCGAUAUUAGGUUCAACCCAAGAGUAUGGUGUCGAUAAUAUUGAUGAAAUAGUUUCAAUUAGAAAUCAAGUAAGAAGAGACUUGAAUUUUAAUUUUGAAAUGCAUGUAGAUGGUGCAUUCGGUGGAUAUUCAUUAUCAUGUAUUAGAGAUAACUUUCAAUUGGAAAAUCCAUUAGAUGAUCAAUUAUUAUUUCCUAAUAAUAUUGAAAAUGAAAAUAACAAUCAAAAUGAAAUUGAUUCAUUUGAUCCAGAAUUAAUAAUUAGUAGUUAUGUUAAAAAACAAUUACAUGCUUGUAAAUUUGUAGAUUCAAUUACAUUGGAUGGUCAUAAAUCUGGCUUUUUACCAUUUUCAAAUAGUACAAUUUGUUAUAGAAAUUCAAAGUAUAAAGAUAUUAUUACACUCUCUUCUGCUUAUAUAGAUAUCUGUAAAAAGAAUAUUCCAAACUGUGGCGUGUUUGGUAUUGAAGGUUCUCGUCCAGGUUAUUCUUCAAUCGCAGGUUAUUUAACUCAUUCAAUAAUUCGUCCUUCGAAAAUUGGAUAUGGUAAAAUUUUAAAAAGAUGUAUUUUUAAUGCAAAAUUAUUUUAUAUAUCCUUGUUAAUUAAAUUCGAUGGUAAUAAUGGUAAUAAUAUAAAAGUGUUUACAGUUGGUAAUAAUCCAUCAAGUGAUGUUUUAAAUUAUUUAAAAACAGAAAUAAUCGAUUCGAAUACUGGUAAAAUCAAAUCAUUAGAUCAAAUUGUAUCAAAUAAAACAUUAUUACAAAUUUUAUCAAAUUAUGGAGCAGAUUUAAACGGUGUUUGUUUUGGUUUUAAUUUUAUUUCACCUUCAACUGGCGAAUUAAAUAAUGAUUAUCAAAAAUAUGUAGAACUUAAUAAAAUGAUAAUUGAUAGAUUCGAUUAUUCAAGAGGACCUGAAGCAGAUUUGAUAUUUGGAAAUACAUUUUUAAAUAAUAGUUAUGGUAAUGAAUUUAUUUCAAAUUUCCUUGAAACAAAUGAAUUAAAAAUUAAUAUCCCUAUCUAUAAUAAAAUCAAAAUUCCAAUACUAAGGUCAUCAACUAUGUCACCUUUUAUUAGUGAAACAUCUGAAGGUUCAUAUAUUGAUAUUAUGCUUUACCUAUUAUUAAAAGAAAUUACAGGUUUUUUAUUUUCAAUUGAUAAAUUAUAA